GAGAGGGCUGGGGUGGGAGAAAAGAGAUUGGGAUGGGAUGGAUGACAUGGAUCCAAGAGGUAUUGAUGUAGACAUUGAUUUGGAAAGUGGGGGGACUACGAGUGACGAAGAUGGAAUAAGAUACCCUGGUUCGAAUGGAAGACAUGUGGACAAAUUAUUGGGUAAGUCCUGGAGUGGGGUGGUGGGAUUAGAAAGAUCUAUGAGGUGUGGAGAGAGUUCAGGUUCACACAACAAGGUGCUGAGUUCUGAUGAUGUUUUGGUUGACAAUGUGGAAAUGGUAAAUCUUUUGGGUAAAAAAAUGGCAACCGACAAGAGAAAGAAAACAAGCUCUAAAGGUUCUUCUAAACCGCCCCGUCCUCCCAGAGGUCCAUUGCUGGAUUCUGCUGAUAUUAAGUGGGUGAGAGAAUUCUCUGAGCUCGCUGCAUUAAAACGGAAAAGAGUUGAAAGAUUGAAGUCAGUGAGGAAAGCAAAAGCAGACAAGGCAUCACCACUUAACAGCAAUCUAUGUGCAAUGGUUGUCACAGCUAUCUUCUGCUUCGUGAUUAUAUUUCAAGGUAUCGAGUCUUCUGGAAUUUGAACUUCUUUCUUCUGUUUACUCCAGGCAAUGAAAGUUGUCCAUUAGUCAGCACUUGUAGCAAGUGAUCCAUGUUU